AUGCUGAGGUGCUUAUUGGUCAUAGCUUCGUUCUUCCUCUCCUCCGCCUCUGCACAGCACAACGACCCCCAUAAACGUCAAUGGCUCACCUUGAGAGGGGAAGAGCCAAUAGUGAUAGCAAGAGGAGGGCUAUCUGGAGUGUUCCCAGAAUCAAGCCCCUUUGCAAAUCAAAUGGCAUUGGCUUCAGGUUUACAUAACAAAACUGUGUUGUACUGCAACCUCCAGCUGACCAAAGAUGGGAUAGGCCUUUGCUUAACUGAUCUCAGGCUUCAAAACUCGACCAACAUUGAAGACAUCUUCCCACAGCCUCAUAAGCAUUACAACGUUUAUGGAAAGAUUAUCAGUGGAUUGUUUUCUGUUGAUUUCAUGUCUGAGGAUCUCUUUAACAGAGUCUACAUGAUUCAAAGUAUCUUCUCCCGACCUAGUGUCUAUGAUGGUACGUGGCCAGUAGCUGCUGUUGAAGACGUCGUUCGGAUUAAACCAUCUCGGUUUUGGUUGAACGUCGAGUAUGAGGCAUUCUAUGCAGAACAUAAUCUGAGUGUCUCAUCAUACCUUCAAAAGGCAUUGAGAUUGAUGGCUAUAAACUAUGUGUCAUCUUCGGAGAUUGGGUUGUUGAGAGGGCUAAGUGGGAGUGUGAACAAAGGCAGAACAAAGCUGAUCUUCCGGUUCUUAGAAGCCAAUGAAACAGAGCCAACAACAAAGAAAACAUACGGUGCAUUGGCUCAAGAACUGGCCAUGAUCAAGUCAUUUGCCUCGGGAAUUCUCAUCAGAAAAGAAUACAUUUGGCCAAUUGGUUCAGACAAGUACGUGCAGCCUGCAACAAGCCUUGUCAUGGAUGCCCAUAAGCUUGGCUUGGAAGUUUAUGCUUCUGGCUUUGCUAAUGAUGCUAUGGUUGGUUACAAUUAUAGUUAUGAUCCAAUCCGUGAGUACCUUCAGUAUGUGGAUAAUGGCCAAUUUGCUGUUGAUGGGGUCCUCUCGGAUUUCUCUCCUACUGCUUUUCAAGCCAUUGCCUGCUAUUCGAGUUUUCGGAACAACGGCAAGGCUCAACCUGGAGUAAAGGAAGCAUUGGUGAUAAGCAGCAAUGGGGCAAGUGGGGAUUUCCCAGGCUCGACUGACGUUGCUUACCAAAGAGCAAUUGAUGAUGGGGCUGACGUUAUUGAUUGUUCAGUUCAAUUAUCAAAAGAUGGAGUAGCAUUGUGCAUGAACAUGGCGGAUCUGUUGACAACCACCACUGCUAUCACCGCUUUCUCCGAUCGAACUACAACCAUCCCUGAACUUCAACCCCAAGUUGGGAUCUUCUCUUUUGAUCUUACCUGGGCUGAGAUUCUUACUCUCAAGCCUCAAAUUACAAACCCUUUCAUGGCCUCUUCUGGGCUUGCCCGUAAUCCAGCGUUUAAGAACAAGGGCAACUUCGUGACCCUUCCUGACUUUCUGGAGUUUGCUAAAGCCAAAGCUGUUUCUGGAAUUAUGAUCAACAUCCAAAACGCAGCAUACUUGGCUUCAAAGAAAGGUCUGGACAUGGUGGGAAGCGUAGCCACAGCCCUAAGCAAUGCCACUUUUGACAAGCAAUCAACUCAACAAGUGUUCAUCAGAUCAGACGACACUUCUGUGCUGUCCAUUUUCAAGGCCAAGUUCCCAAAUUUCAUAAGAGUUUUAACGGUUGACUCCAAGAUUGGUGAUGUCCCAAACAAUGCCCUUGAAGAGAUCAAACGCUACGCCCAAGCUGUGGCCAUUCCUCGUGCCUCUAUCAUUGAAGUAACCAACUACUUCACCACUGGCCUCACCAAAGUCGUCUCUGAAAUGAAAGCUUCCAAUCUCUCUAUCUUUGUGUAUGUCCUGAGGAACGAAUACGUCUCCUUGGCUUUUGAUUACUACGCCCAACCCUCCUUGGAGAUCGCUACCUAUGUCGACUACUUCCACGUCGACGGCGUCAUAACUGAAUUUCCUAAAACUACAAAACAAUAUAUGACAUGUCCAUGCCGACCGACUCAACCCGACCUGAACGUAGCUCCAUAUAUAAUCUUGCCACCAGAAAUUGGUUUGCUCAUGAGUAUGGUGCCUUCAGAGGCUAAACCACCUUCCGAUCCUCCAUUGCCACCAUUGGAUGCUGGAGAUGUCGUCGACCCACCGCUCCCACCGGUGACCGCUCGUUCCACUGACGCCAACAGGCCUGCCGCGGCCACCCGAUCAGCAGCUGUAUCAAAUGUUGCAAACUUGUUUCUUUCUUUACUCUUAGUUGUUGUGGACAGCUUCUUCCAUUCCCACAAUACUUAA